AUACAAUUGGCGGCCAUUUCAACCCAAACAAACCGUCCACUUCCUUCAACACCCUGCGUUCUCAGCAUUGGGUUGGUAACUUGGUUUUAAUGCGUUUACUAUUUUUGUAUAUUACAGUUUAAAUUACAAUUAAAAAGUAUUGGUUAAUUUGGAUGUUAUAGCAUUCACCAGCUACGACAGUUUACACCAAGUUAUUAAUAAUUUGAUGUCAAUUAAGGCGAGGCCUAGCCGGCCUUGGCCCAACCAAUCAUCAACAAUGCCAAUAUAAUAAAUAUAAUGAUAAUGCAUAAAUUCAUGACUAAAUUUAAUAUUAAAAUACAAAUCAUAAAUGUUUAUGAAAAUGACGAGCUAUUAAAAUUAGGCACAUGUUAAAGUAAGGCCUAUUAAUAGUAUUAGCAUUUUAUAGUAGUCUCUCCCCUUAUUACCCAUUUUAUAGUAAUCCCUAAUUUAGUGACGUAAAUACAAUGGAUACCAGGGCACGUCAACAUCAGUGGCAAUGAGAUAGCUGACACUCUGGCGAAAACCGGGGCUGCCCAGCCUCAGCCAGAAGUACCAAUGACUUUCUUGGGAGUCAAAAACUGGUUGGCGGACCACUUCAGGCAGAAGUGGUACAGGCAAUGGGCUGACAACACGACCGCCAGAGGCGUCUAUUCGAACUUGCCUACUCCUAGCAAACAAGACCCAUGGUGGGGGUUAGGUCGCAGAUCGCAGAGUCUAGUGACGCAGAUGCGCACCGAGCACUGCCCCUUGCGCACAUAUUUCUGGAGGUUGGAUAACAACAGAGAUCCUACCUGCCGGCAUUGCAGCCUGGCCCCAGAGACCUUAGAACAUCUGUUGACUGAAUGUCCCGCACUAGAUCUCCCGGGGGAAGCCAGGGCGGUUGGAGGAUCCUUUGUGAGGGAAAUGUUGUAUGGCUCAGCUCAACAGAUGGAGUUGAUAGCCAAUUUACUAGCCGGGGUCAUAAGAGAGUAAUCUCAGACCUUCACCAGAAUAUGUGCGUUAGUUAGUGACGUAAAUUAAGCCCCAUUCAGUUGAUUCAGAGGGCCAUUCACCAGAUGAUACUUUGUUGGCUUUGGCUUUGGUUUCCUUUGAUAAAAUAAAUGCUCACUAUCAUCCCUGAUCAUUAUCAUGUCUUAGUUUAAUUUCUUUUACUAAUUUAAAUUAUAAUUAGGCAUUUGGAGGAACAAGACAAAGUAUUAAGGCCAAUUUGUUUUCCAACGUUUCAAUCAUUAAAAAAAAAAUUAUCUAGUUUGAAAAUGUGUAUAGAAACAUCUGAGUGGGGGGUGUUAUUGACUGUUCACUGUUCUACAAUGAUGGGCAGUGUUGCAAUUUGUUCUUUGUUUGAUCUGUUUCGGCAGAAGCCAACCUGUUGAUCUUCUAGCUGCAUGUCGACCUGGUCCUUCAUUCAAUUCAGAAUAAUUCUGUUAAAGAGCUGUCCUUGUACUGAUAGUAGUGUAAUUUACUUUCUAUGUAGUAGUUUGUACAGUUGCCUUUCUUUGGUAUCCUUGAUGAGGUAUCCUUCUUUCCAUAUCUUUUCAAAUAGAGUUGGAGCAUGUUGACUAUUGAUAUUUGCUCGUAUCAUCUGUCAUCUCUGUUGUGAUAUUGUCUGGGUGCUUUCCCAGUUUUAAGCUGCUUGAUAGCUAGGGCGAUUUCUUCCUUAUUUGUGACAUUGUCUUCUAUUUGGAAAUCUUCAUUUGCUUAUCUGGAGUGUGUGGGUGAAAUUCUGUUUAGUAAAUCAUCAAAGUUUUCCACCCAUCUUUGUUCUUAUUCUUUUCGUAUCAUUAUUGAUCUACUUUCCUUGUCUUUAACCAGUCUCUCUGGCUUCUUUUAUCUUCCUGAGAGCUCUAUUUUUAUAUCAUGGAGCUCUUGCAUGUUCCCCUUUCUGGCUUCUUCUUCUGCUGUUGAUGCUAGACCAUCUAUGUAAGCUCUUUUAUCAUUUUAAUUCUGUUCUUUACCCUUCCAUUGGCUUCCUAAUAUUUCUCCUGUGCUUAUGUUUUACCUGCCCCAGUGCGGCUGGUGUUUACUGCACACUUCAUUUCUUUCCUCCUGUUUAUUUUUUGCAAUAUGUUGAGUGAGAGUUAAUCUUUGUGUAUGUGCUUCACCAGUCUUAUACCUCAUUGCACUUGGAUUUUAUGGGCAUCUUUAUGUCUUGCCGUUGAAGUGCUAUCUGGUCUUCAUCUGUUUAGUGCAAUGCCUGGAAUUUAUUUCUCAAGGGGUAACACUAACAUCCUGUGGUUUUUGCUCAUUUGUCAGAAGUGCUAUGUUGUAUUUUAGUCAUCAGCUGGCUCUUUCUAGUUGUUUUUUUUCAGUGUUAGUUAUGUAACAUCAGCUUCUCUUUUAGCUCUAUCAUCUUGUAGAGACCUUCUGAAUUUUUUGAUAAUGCAUACAUGAUCAAUUUGGUUUUCUAUUUUGUUAUUAGUGGACACCCAAGUUACCUUGGGGAUAUUCUUAUGCUGAAAUUCACUGCCCCCAUUAAUGUUCAUUUCAUGCGAAAAGUCUGCAAGUCUUUCGUUGUUGUAAUUUCUCUCUGCUAUCCUCUUUUUGUUUUAUUUUCCCAAUCUGAGUCUUUAGAUCUCCCAUUAUGAUAUUUUGAUCUCUACCUGAAAAUUUUUCUAGUAUGGCUUGUAGUCUAUUGUAGAAAUCUACUUUUUCAUCUUCCUUACUAUUGUGCAUAGCACUGCAUUACAUUUAUAUUUAUUUUUUUCUUCUUGGUUCGGAAAGUUGCUGGAAUAAUUCUUGGCCCAUAGGCUUCCCAUCCUAUCAAUGCCCCUUGUGUCAUCAUGAAAGCGACUCCUUGUGUAUCUGGAUCAUUUUUCUCCUCAUGCCCUGAGGUCAAUGUUAACUGUCCAGCUUGUGUCCAUCUUAUUUCACAAAUGCAGAGCAUUGUGAGCUUGUAUGUUCUCAUUUCUGCCACUUGUGCUGAUUUUCCUGUUUCAUACAUGGUUCAAAAAUUCAACGAUCCAAUCCUUAUUGGCUUUGAAAAGAGGGUCCACGGCUUUGAGGCCUCCAGAAUAAUCUGGCUUUGGCCACAAGACUUCAUAACUCCUCUUGGAGAAGAAAGCCAUCUCUUAUCAGGGCAGAAAUUAUUAUUUUGUUCUCUUCAUGUUGACAUUUCUGUAACAGUUUGUGUUUUACGGGUAGGUGGCUCGCCUCACACCAACCCUACUUCUGUUUGCACCCGGGCUUGGGACAUACCAUGGCAGAGUUUCAUCCAAAUUAGCUCCUUUUUUUUUUUCAAAAGAACCCCUCACUGAUAGAAGAUUUUUCUGUGUAACCAUAAAUACUUCUUAAUUUUAGACAUCCAUGGCACCAAAACAAUAUUAAAUGUCCUGGAUUAAAGUUUUGAACAUAAUGGUCACACUUAAAUUUACUACGUGCAAUAACAAUUAGUGAUUGUUCAAUUUUGGUUGAUCAGCCUAUGUCUUAUAGACUUAACUGUGUGACAAGGCUUACCACAUAAUAGGUAAACUGCAACUUCCAUAAGUGAUAGCGCCAUAAAGCCAAACUCAAAUAUUGCAGGUUUUUUUCUCCAGGCCUGGGUAUUUUGAGAACAUACCUGGGGGGGUCCAAGUUUUACAAAAAGGAUGGAUUUUCUAUUAUCUGCAAUCAAAUCUACUGUCCUAUAUCGUAGUGAAAGUGCUUUGCCUUCGUCAACUCACUGUUUGUGUCAAAAAAUGACACACUGAUAGGAACAGGCAGUUGCCGGAUCCCGGAAUAGAGAAGACUCUGUACGCAUGAAGCUCUCUGUGAGGCAGAGGAAUGCGAACAAUGACAACAUCGAAUAAUAGUUGUCUCCCGCUAAAGAAAAAAAACCAACUAUUUACCCCAGUUGGGUCAUCAUGCUUGAAGCUCACUGCGUGCCUUUUUUUUCACCCAGUAGUAUUAAAAUAGGGGGUGGGGGGAGAGAAGCAGGAUAAACCAGAAGGAAAAUAUUUGUAAGAGAUUAAGUUCACAAUGGUCAGGAAGCGCUUUUUAUUUUUCUUUAACUUUUAUUGACAUUCUCCCAAUGAUGCAAUAGUCAUUUCUGUUAAUUUUUUAUUUAUGAAGUUUGAUAUCAACCUUAUAUAGUCAUGCUAAAAAAAUCACACAAAUUAUUUCUAAUGUUUUGACAGAGAAUACAUCUACAGUAGAACCCGGUUAUGUCGACGGCUUCAGGGUUUGCCAAAAAGUGCCGAAAUAACCAAUGAUCGAGAUAAAUGAAAACCAAUAUGGCGGCAAUAUAUUAACAUGUGCUUGAAAUCUCUUUAUGUACAUGAUGUGCGUUAAUAAAUGCAGAUACUCCAGUAAAAAAAAAUAAUUUAUAAUUUUUUAAAUAUUACAGUUAUUUAGAGCAAAUUUUUAAAAAAUGAAACCAGAAUCAUCUUUUUAACCUUUACUUUUUGCGCUACGAAUUUUUAAAGUGCGAGUUAAUUUGGUAUUUUCUACUAUGGACGAAGCCUCCACAUUUUGUGACCUCAUUCUGCUGAUCGUUUUCAUGGGCAAUGACCAUAUAGUUUAUAUAAGGCACUGCAUCCCCUUAUUGCUACAAUACUAUUUAGAGACUACUUAUUUUUAACUUUCAACUUUGGUACAUGACUAUUUAAUUAAAGCUUUCCCUGACCAAUGUUUUAAUAGCUUUUGCACACAGCAAACUGAUGAAUGGAACUCUGACGUAGUACCACGCCAUAGCCAUUAUGCAAGUGAUAGUGAAUUGCUGCCCAUGACAACGUUUUGCACACUGAAAAUUAUGAUCAUUUAUAAUAUGGACUCUACCUGGUUUUUAAACCUCGAAUAAAACAUAUUUAUUGAAAUUACUUCUUGGUUCAUUCUAAAACACAAGUCCUGUAUUUUGAGAAAUAAUUAUUUUUAAUUAAGAAAAACUUGUUUAUUUGUUGUUUGCUAUUUCUUCUUGCGGAGUUCAAAAGCCGGCGAUUGGUCAUGGGGAUCAAGAUAACUGAGGUUAAGUGUCAUAUUUAACCUCCUUUUGUGCUCGAGAUAUCAGAGUUCGACGACUUAAAAGAAUCAACAUAACCGAGAAGAAAAUGCUAAGACAAAGAGAGAAUUUGGUGGUUCCACUUCAAAAAUGUUGACAUAACAGGGUUGGCAAGUUAACUGAGGUCAAGAUAAGCGGGUUCAACUGUAUUAAUAUUAUGUAAGAGGAAUGUAAAUAAAGCAAAUUUAUAAUAUAUGAAAGUAGCACUUAAAUGUACAAUGGUAAGGAAAGGCAUGGCCUGUUAAUUUGACAAAAAAAAUGUAUUUUGUUCAUAAAUCAAGGGUUAUAAUGUUUAGUUAUGAUGGCUUUGUGUAUUUUGUACAGGUUAUUUAAAGUAACAGCAGUGCUGUAGAGCAGACUGUUGAACGGUUGUAAAUGCCUCGUCCUGCUUCUGGUAAGAAAAAUAUUAAUUAAAAUUAACAUUUUAUUGCACAAAAGAUAAUUUUAUAGUAAAAUUCAUCUAUUUUUUUUUUAUUACAUACAGGUAUGUUAUUAAGUGUAUAAAUUUGUCUCCAUUUCAGGCCCUAAAAAGGGCCCUAAUGCCCAUAAGCUUCCAGAAGUGAUACCAUCUGGUACAAAGUUGGUAGACUUGUACAAAAAUGAAUGGCAAUUAGGAACAGUUAUAGGGAAAGGUGGAUUUGGUCUCAUUUACCUAGGUAUGUAAGCUAUCAUUAAAAUUGUAUGCUUAUAUUUAAAUGUCAUAAAGUUGAAAAGCUAAUGAGAUAUAAUAAUAUAUGGAAUUACAUUUGAUAGGCACCUUGCAGGGGUACAUAAACAAGGGUGGACCCUGUUGCCAUGACACCUAAAUUUUCCUGUUUUGGACCAUUUGCCACCCAAAAUUAUAUUAGCUUCUGAUAACAAUAGACAUGCUCCUGAAUUUAUUACAGUUUUGUCUACCCCUGACAUCACACAAUUUUAUUUGGAUUAGUAACCAGUAUAAAUAAUACAAUUACAAUAAUUAAAUACUGUGCCACUUUAGUAAAGCUUUUGUCAACAUGGCGUGACUGAGUUUUAUGCCAUUGACACUGCUGUGUCUUUGAUGCAGGUAUGAUCCUUCCACUGUACGUGGUCAUGAAGUUGGUGGAGCUAGGGCCCAGCGAUGUAUCUUUCUUUACAGUCGUGUCAAUAAUACUUUUUUUUAUUUCUUCUUCUUUAUCUUACUGGUUUUUUCAGGUAACAAUUCUAAUUAUUGUUUGUUCUUUUUAAAAUUCAAAACAUUCAUUCUUUCUUCUAUCAGUUGCAGUGAGUAUUGUUGCAUUCUGUUGUUGUAAGUUAGGGCAUAUGUAUAUAUUUACAUAUUUGAAAAUAUUGGCAUUUGACUGCUUGAUUUAUAAAUUAUCUUUAUAUCGUAUGUUCAGCUCAAGCUGUUUAUAAGUAAGACUUGCAAAAUUCAUCCAUAACCGUAACAAACUGCAUAAAUGAAAUUUUUAUUACCUUAUAUUAUAUAUUUUUUAUAUAUUUGGUGUGGUCGUCAAACGAGAAAGUCAUAGGAGAUUUUUAUAAUUUUCUUUGUACAUUUAUUCUUUUAUAUAAAACAAUGAAAACAAAGUCAUUAUCAGAAGUCAACAAAAACCUAUGUACAAAAUUGGAUCACACAUUUUGUCCCCAUUCUUUGACUGGCGUGAUUGGCUACCUACAUCUAAUAUGAAAUUGUUAUUGUACAUCAACGAUGUCCCUUUUUUUGAAAAUAUUCAUUAUGGUUACUGUAGAUACCAGUGGACACGCGAGAAUCUGUGUUACACAUAAUAAUUUAUUUGUAUUAGUUUUUAAGUCCUUUUAUUUAAAAAUAAAUUAUGUUCUGUAGUACCAUAUGGCUUCUAUUGGCAAAUUAUUUUAUAGGUUCGGCUUAUUAGGGGUUUACACACUUUUCAGACUUUUCCUGGACAAAGGUAAGGGGGUUGGCUUAAGAACGAGUAUAUAUGUUGAGGUUAAUUUUUAAAUAUAAUUUGAUCCCCCCUCCCCACCAAAUUCUUUUAUUUAAAUUAAUCCCACUUAUAUAUGUUAAUAUUAAAGGUGUUUACUUCUGUGCGGAUUAGUGAUAAGGUUUUUCAAGCAUAAAAUGUCCAUAUUAUUGAAAAUCAUUUAUUGGUGAUUUUUGUUUCAUUGAAAUAUACACUUUUUUUAAUAUGAUGAGUGAUAAUUUAAUAAAUUUUAUCUUUGUAACUUUCUUCAAAAGGUAAAUCUUACUGUUUAUUAAUUUUGUUAACACUUUUGCUUUGUACCGGUAUGGAAUAAUUUGUUAGUUCUUAUGGAAGUCAUACCUGCAUCUAGAUAUUUUUCUUAGUUUGUUUUGUUGCAUACAAAAAUAACACUUGUUUCAAUAUAUAAUAGCAAAGGUUGUAAGAACUGUUGUUUGUUGGGUUUUUUCCCCAUCUGUAAUGAGAUUAAGUACACCACCUUUCAAUUGAUAAUUAUAAAUUUGACAUUCAUUGUAACUAAACUAUUGACCACAUUUAACUUGAUAUAUUUUCUUUCACUGUAUUUGAUUAGCUUCGAAGGAUUCUUCCAAACCAGUAGACCUCAAAACAGCUGAGUUUGUCAUCAAAAUAGUAAGUAUCAAGAUAAUUAUCCUUUGAAUAUGACAUAUUUUGAAAUUGUAAACUGAUGUAUGAGACAGAUUAUAUGAAAAAUUAUUCAUGCAGCAUUGUUCAUUCUUAUUAAUUAUUAUCCUGUCUUGUAUCAUCUAUAAACUCGCAUAAUAAUAUUUACAAAACUAGAAACUCAAAAUUAAGAUUUUCACUAUGUACAUUAUAAUGAAAAGAAAUAACCUAUUUUUUGGGGGGGGGUUUUUUAGUACUGAUAUUUGCAAUUUAUUUUUCUUAAAUAUUCUUUUUGUGCAAGAGGUUAAUGUUUCAGUAGUUAAUGCUAAUCAUAUUAUUUACACGGCCUACAAAAGCUAUUGGGAAGCAAAACUUCUCAAGGAAUUAGGACUACUAUUAUGAGACCAGUUGUAAUUUACACAAAUGAGACUUGGUCCCUUACCAGAAAAGCAGAACUUGCUCAACACAUGGGAGAGGAAAAUCUUCAGGAAAAUAUACGGUCCGGUAAUAAGCAAGGAUGACCUGGAGAAUCUGCACAAAUCAAGAGAUAUAUCAAUUGUAGGAAGACCCAACCACAGUCGCAACCAUUAAAAAUAGGCAGACUGCGCUGGACAAGAUACUUUGAGAGGAUCAGCAGAAGUGAUCUACAGGCAAAAACCUAGGCAGAUGGCUCACCGGUUGACCAAGUCUGAGAUGAACUGAUGAUGUAGAGAAAGACUUACACCACCUGGGGUCUGCACAUGGAUGCGGAAAGCCAUGGAUUAUCCGAAUGGAAUGUGUCCUGGAGCAAUCCCUACUUGAGUUGUAGCGCCACUGAUGAUGAUGUUAUUUACUUGACACUAAUUUAAAAAGUAUUCCUUUAUUGACUUGGAUCUUAUUGCACUUAUUUAAAAAUCAAAUGAAUUUUUUUUCCUGCAUAACCUCAGCUUCCUUCUUUAACCUUUUCCCCAAAUUUUGUUUUCAGGAAGCCAAAAGCAAUGGGCCACUGUUUUGUGAAAUGCAAUUUUAUCAAAGAGCAGCUAAGCCAGCUGUCAGUAAGUAUUGAUCCUUAAAUUAUUUUUAUAACUUUUUAUAAAAAUAUUAUUUCAACUUACCACAACCCUAAUUAUCCUCUUGAGUCUUUGACAUUAUUUAUUCAUAUUUUUUCCAUCCCCAGUCCAGUCUUUCAUUGCGGAGCAGAAACUGAGGUAUCUUGGUGUUCCUCCAUUUAUAGCAACAGGCAGUUUUGAAAAUUUUUCAAGAGAAUAUAGGUUUUUGGUAAUGAAUCGUUAUGGUACAGAUUUGCAGAAGAUUCUUGUGCAAUGUGGUGGAAGAUUUGCUCCAAAUGCUACUUUUGCAGUAGGCCUACGUAUGGUAAAUAUUUGUAUUUUUAAAAUUAAAUAAGCAAAUCAUCCAGUUGCUGUUAACAAAAAUUAAUUUUUAAAACUCAUUUUGGUGAGUGUAUUUUAAUUAUCUGUGUUUAAAGCAAACCUCAUGCACCAUUCUUUUUUUCUUAAAAACCAAGCUGAGACUGUUACCUCUUUAAUAAAGUUUACAAUAAGGUAGUUUUCAAAUAAUUUCAUGCUUUACUUUUUUUACAGUUAGAUGCCCUUUAUUUCCUACAUGAAAAUGAAUAUGUGCAUGCGGAUGUCAAAGCAGCAAAUAUCCUUCUAGGUUAUGGUGGUGGCCAAGACAUACAAAGUGAGGUAAGGACAUUUAUAAAGCAUAACAACAAAAGAUGCCAGAUGCCUUACAGGGGUAUUACAUAUUUAUUUUUUUUCUCAAACAAGGGAAAUAAUAUAUUUAUGUGUUUCCCUUUACUUUAGACAAUAUUCAUUGAUCACUUAAUUACUGUAGGUUUUUAAUUCAACUGGUGGGAUGUUAUUUUCCUGGGGUGGGGUUAGAAACCAUGUGAGCAACCUGUGAUAUGUUUUUUUAGGGAUCGUUUUUAAAGAUAAAUUGCAGCUUUACUUUUAUUUAAUUAUUUUAUCUAUAAUGGGCAAAUGUCCUUAAUUAAAAUUGCCUCUGUUCUUUAGCACCUAUUUAUGUGACAGUAGCAUGAAAUCGUCAGUUUCAUUUUUUGCAAUGAGUUAAUUUGUUAGCCUCCAGUAUUGUAAAAAGAAGAUAAAUAAUCUCAACUUACAAUACACAUAUUCAAUAUAAAAAAAAAAUUUAAUGAGAAAAACAUAACUUUUCAGUUUUGAAUCUUUUUCCCAGGUAUACCUUGUUGACUUUGGUCUUGCCUAUAGGUAUAAAGUAGAAGGAAAGCACAAAGAAUAUAAAGAAGAUCCUAGAAAAGCUCAUGAUGGCACAAUUGAAUUUACAAGCGUCGAUGCUCACAAAGGAGUGUGUAAGUGGAUGAAAUAUUUAUUUAUGAUAUAUAUUUAUUCAAAUUCAUGAUAAACAUAUAUAAAUAUGGGUUAAACAAGGGUUAAACAAGGGUUAAAGAGGCACGCACGUAAAGAAUUGCUAUCAUUAGCUCAUGCAUCAGCCGGCCUAGAAGCAAGCACCUUGGAACUUCUGGCCUCUGAUUUGGGACAAUGGAAUAUCAAAGUGCAGAUGGCAAAAACAAGCUACUGACAGCUGGCUAGCAGACAAUGCAUUCGUUGUCCCAAAAAGUAUAGAGCAGGUAACCUUUUUUAAGUGUGCAAGCCAGAGUUACCAUUUUUUAAUAUGCACAAUAUUUUCUAUUUUAUUGGGAAAAACCUUUUCAAAUUAUCAAUAGAUCAGUAUCAUCCAGGGGUGUUCAACCUUUUAGCUUACUUGGGCUACAUUAGAUGAAGGUAUUGUUUCGGCCCAUACAUAAAAUGCACUAAAACUAACAAUAAGUGAUAAGCAAAAAAAACCAGAUAAUAUAUUAUUACUAAUAAUAUUAGCAUAUUUAAAACUAUAAAUGUAAAAGACAACACGACAACGUGAGAUAUUUAACAUUGUUUUAGAGACACAAAUUCACUAAUGCAGACCUGUUUACUCUUACGAUUUUGGCGAUUUUUAGAUUUCUUUUACGAUUGUAAAACUACGAUUUUCAGAGACCGGUUUUAAAAAAAUAUUUGGGUAAUUUUUUUACAAUUAAUUUUUUGUUUUCUUUCGGUUAUUGAAGUGUCUUAUAAAAAUCUGGCAGUGAAUGGACAGAGAAAAACGAUUGGUUGUAAUUAUUUUUUUAAGUUGGGAUCAUCCUUCAUUUUAUUAUGCACACUCUGAGAGGAGAGGUGGGGGUUGUUGAUUAAGGAGAUUUGUGGCAUACAAGGCGCAUGGGUGGGGGAUUGGUGGGAAUGUCAAAGGGUAUAAAAAUAUCACAGCAACGUAUCCUAUUGAUGGUGAUGAUCGUCAUAUUGUUGCUUUAUGUCACAGUGAACUAACUAGCUGGGUCAACAGUAAUAUUUAGACUAGUCGCCAGCUUCACUCACCAUCCCCUUUGACUGCUACCAAGCGUAUGGCGUAGCUUUGUUAUAUAAUUAUUUUGUUCAUCUGAACCGCGGUGAUUGUGAAAACGGAGCAAACUAGAGAUUUUUUUUUUUUUAAAUAGAACAGUGGAUUUUAUUUUAUAAGAUCUAGUCAAAAGCAUUUAAAAAAUAUUUGUAGAACUCGCAAAGCAGCUCUAUCCCCUAUUUUAAUACAACAGUUUGGUAUCACUACUCCUACUUACAUCCCCCAACCCACCCCACACACUCACUUUUGUUUCUACAGCUUGUGGUAGUUAUUAGACUAUAAGAUGUUAACAGAAGAAAUAAUCAGGCGCCUAUUGGAUAGGGGACGGCACAAUUUUUUUUCCAAUUAAUGAGAGUGGGGGAAGGUUGAUUCUGUCGAGCAAAAUAAUUACAUCACCCACACAGAAAGAUACAUUACUAGCCUACAGUGUGUUGUUACUAUGGCAUGUUAAAUAAUAUUACUACGGUGAUCUCCUUAUGAAAACAAAGCAUUAGUAUGAGUAUACGAUAACUGCGAAACAUUGUGGGGAUAUUUUUAUAGCCUUAAUAAUAAUAAUAGGCCUAAUCAGAGUUCAUGAAUUUCACAGAUUUUCAGGUGACAGUUGGCUCUGAGACUGUCAGGAUAAUUAUUGUAGAAUUUAUGCUUAUAUGCUGUCGUACACAUCCUCAGCGCGUACAUACUGUUUGGAUAGCCCUUUACGUUGACAAGGUGCGCAUUGGGGAGGGCGUAUGAAUAUUUUUUAACCUUUUUAUUUUGCGUAUUGGGUAUGUUAUAUUUGAUGUCCCAUUGUCCAAACAGCUCUGUCGUUCGAAUUUCGCUACAUUGACAGAUGUGCGCAUUGCCUGAUUUUAUUGUUACCAUAAAUGGAAUCGGCGAUCCUUUUUGUUUUCGGUACUUAGUUUUGUUUACUUCGUUAGUAUAUAAAUCCAGACCUGUUUACUCUUACAAUUUUGGCGUACAAUAUAGGAUUUUGACUCGUCUUUUACAUAGGCUAUAGGGGAAAGAGGUGGGGGGUCGAAAACGUAAGCAUGCAACGGGAGGCGGGGGGAAUAUUGAAAAAUUUGACUCUUUUGCGCUUACAAACAAUAUAGAUUGCAUCUCAUCAUGUUUGUUUGUGUCGAUGCUGUAUGACGUCAUUUUGUGACAAUUAUUUAUUACGGCUGACCCUUCACCCAAAUAUUAAUUGAUAUCUAUAGCAGAUACAUGUCUGCAAAACAAAGUGACCGCAGUUUGCAACUAAUGUCAGUCAUCUACUUUUUACCGUUCAGUUAUCUUUUUUGAGGCCAGCUUAACUCCCAUUAGACAUGAGAUGCGAGUAAUGUGUACAUUAUAUACACGGUAUGUUUAUUUAUUUACUAAUAAUAUACCGAAUUAUACAAUUUUUGAGACGAUAUUGUUCAAUUUUAUGAGUACGAGGGUAAACAGGUCUGCUAAUGCUUUGAUUUUUGGUGCGGUAGCAGUAGUUGCUAUUCUCAGUGAGUUAUCAAGAUCCUCAUCGGAUAUUUUGGUUCUAGUUUUAUUCUUCUUGUGCUUCAUCCUUGAAAAUAGCUGCCCACAAAUGCAGGUGUUUUCAAAUAGUGAUGACAUGAAUAAGGCAUGAUUGUGAAAUGAUGGAUAUUUUUCUCUAGGAAGAUAUAUCUGAUGUAGCUCUAUUCAUUCCAUUUGAAAAUUUGCAGUUAAUAUGUUUGUGUCAACUGAAAAUGAAGUUGCUAUUAUACCUAAAGAUUUUAUAUUUUUGGAAAUCUUGAAACCUGUUUUCAAAUUCCUGUAACAAAUCGAAAAGAAAGCCUGCAUAGUUUGUUUUUUUUCAUCGGUCCAUGUUUAGCCAACCUGUCCAAGUGCAUAAUUUUUGUUUGCCUCAAUUUGAGAUAGCCAUUAUUUCAUUUUGAACGCUGUUAUCGUUUGAUCAGUUUGUUUUCACCUUGAAGGUGCUUAACUCAUUUAAAUGAGCGGCCAAGCCUAAUAUAAAUGUUAAAUCUAUGAGCCAAUUUUCACACUUAAGUUCUCGCACAAAUUUGAUUUGAAAACAACAAAAAAGUUCAUUUCCAUGAGUCAUAAAAUCUUUUCAACAUUUUACCUUGACUUAGCUAUCUUACUUUUAGAAAGUAAAUGAUGUCCCCCAUAAUAAGCUCUAUUUAGUUGUCCUGUAUUGGCAAUAAAGAAGCCAUUCUUUCUGUGGUAUUAUUUGUCAUCAAUACCUUAAAUGAAAAUUGGCAAAGAACAAAAUUUUAAAUAAACAGCUCUCCUGACCUUUUUAGAUAGAAUUUCCUAUUUCAUCUAUUCGCCCGGCUAUAAGACUAGUGUGGCAAACUAAUUUUAGAAAAAUCCCCUUUUUUAUCAAGCCAAAUAAAAUCUUCAGUGCAUUCCAUCCAUUGCUUACUACCCAUAAUAUUUUAGUGCAUAAAAUGAAUAACCACGUAUUAACUUUAUAGGAACUUCUUUUAACAAGUCUAAUACAGGGUUAAGCAGUGAGGCACAACUGGAAAAUCACUUGGUCUUAUACAGUAAGACUUAUGACCUAUACAGGUUAAGGGUAUUUUUGGUUAACUUUGAAAGUUAUGAAUCUUUUGUUUGGCCGCAUUUAUAACUACAUGCAGGUCGCAGGUUGGUAUAAAUAAAAAAAAUCUCAUUCAUUGUGUAACUGCCAAACAACAAAGUGUGUGUGUUCAUUUUCACACAGCUGGCUUAAUGUUAGUGUACAGUAUCCUGAUUUAAUUUUAUUAUUAUUUAUCACUAUAAUUGUAGUCUGUGUUACUUAAGUGCAUUUUUAUUUUGUAUUUCUCCCCUUACUAAAAUGCAUUUUAUGUGGUAAAUAUACAAAUCAGCGAAGAUGUUCGAUAUUUUUUGUUUAAUUAAUUUGUAAGUUUCAAAGAAAGUAGUUAACGGUUUAGCAUAUGGGCCAGUGGUUCCUCAUAGUUUUAAAGUCUAGAAUCAACAUGCAAAAUCUACCCAGGAAUCUUAGGAUAAGAGGUUAAAACCGUUUCAAUCAUACUUUUAACUUUGGGACUGUAAUAUGUGCACUUCUUAUUUUAAUCAUACCCUUUUUUUAAAAAUUACAUUUUUUUAAUCUCCCAGCUCCUUCACGGCGAGGGGAUUUGGAAAUAUUGGGUUACUGCAUGCUGCAGUGGUUGGGUGGCACAUUGCCAUGGGAAGACAAUUUGAGGAGUCCCAGUUAUGUUGCUAACAGUAAAGAAAAGUAAGUAGUGGCAUUUUACCAUUAUUUUAUGUCUGUUGAAAAUAUUAAUUUUAGAGUAAAAAUAAUUGUGAGAUUAUUUUUUUUAUUCUCCUAGGUAUAUGAAGGACAUACCCUCUCUGAUAAAUGCAACCAUUCCAAGCACAGACAUUCUUAGCAUAGGUAAAAAUGAAAAAGAAACAAAUUUAUUGAUAAAAUAUGUUUCUACGGGUACUUGUCUCAAUUGUUUGUAUAAUUAAAAUAAGGGAAUUUUGUUUGUUUUUUUUAAUUACCAAGAAAAGGGAAGGGCUAAUAAGAAUAUUUUGUAAAAUUUACAAAAUUUUACAAUAUCCUUUCCUGUUUGGUAUUAUAUUCUUUCUGUUCUUCUGAUCUUUAUGAGGGACGUGUGCCUAACCUUUUUCCUCUCUUUCACUCUCUUAAUAGGUAAGAUAUAAAUAGUCUAUGUAAAAUUGAAAUUUGCAUUUAUCUAAUUUGUUUUCUUAUUGUGAUGAAGGCAUUAGCCCAAACGUAAGUUUGUAUUUUGUCGACACAUAAUGUAAGCUUACCAGACUGUUUUGUUUACACAAAUUAUUUAUGUGGGGAAAAAAACAUGUUGCAUUUCUUUUUGUUCUUACUUAAAAUCAACACCUCUAAACUUUUCUUGACACAGCCAAGUUGAAAAUGGCUGAUUAAAUGUGUUUGUUUUUUUUUAUAGUAAGUCCUUUUUAGAAAUAUUAUAAAUAUAAAUGAUCAUUGUGCAGUUUUAAUGCCCUGAUUUGUAUUUUUCUCCAUUUCCAGACUGUAUGAGAAAAUACUUUAUAGCUGUGACUGAACUGGGUUAUGAAACUAAACCAAACUACACCCGCUUUAAAGACAUACUCAAAUACUGUUUGACAAAAGGUGGACAGGCAGAUGAAUGGAUUAUUGAUUUCUCUGACAGGGCGACUAAGGUAGGCCGAAAUAUGACCCCUGAAGUCAAACAAAUUCGCAUUCAGUAUGACAAUUUUUCAAGCAAUAUGGAAAGUUGCAAUGAAGUUAGCACAAUGAGCAUGGAGGCAGCUAGAGAAUUGGCAGAGCAAAAUUUUGUGGCUCGAAGUAUUUUUAAUCAGGACCUGGAGGGACUUUCUAGUCUCCCCAACGAUUACUUUUCAAUUUUUACAAAAAUAUUUGCUUUCUGUUUCAUUGCUAUUACAAUUUGGAUAACUAUACAUCGGCAAUCAGAAACUCCUGUGAAUAAGUUGAUCAAGGACCAAAAUUGACAGUUGGAACAGAGAUGAAACCAAAGUUUAAAUCAUUAAAGAUAGCUUUAACCUUUAAACAGAAGCUGCUUUUAUGACGGUUUUAUUGAAAUAACACUUAGACUUACAAAGGGGGCGAGUUUUGGCUUGCUUUAAUUUUGCUUAAUGUUAAAUAUAUUAUUUAGAAUAACCCCAAAAUAACCCAUGAAAAUAACUUUUCCUUCCAAUUGAUUUCUUUACCUGAAUAAAAUAAUUCACAGGUUAUGUUGUGUGCAACUUUUUCCAAGUCACCUGAAAACUAGAAGCAAUAUUUGUACUUUAAAUUUAUUUAGGGUGUCAUUUACAUGGCUAUCCAUUUUUACCUCAUAAAUAAACUUGUGCAAUUUACUGAUAAUUUAUCUCAAAAAUUCUAUCAAAACCUACUCACCAAAUAAGUUUAACAUCUGAAGCUUUGAGCAUUGAGACCAGACACACAUUGCUUUCUUACAAGAAGGAAAUGAUUUUGAAGAGAUGAUUUUAAUCUUUCUGUCAUAUUCAUGCUUUCUUUGCUGUUUCUGUUGUAGUGUGUCAUCAUCAUAGGAAGGCAAAAAUAAAACGUCUAAUGAAACCAAGUCUUGACUUAACUAUUAAAUGUUAAAAGUUUAAUUAUUAUUUUUUCUUUAUUUUGUCCGCCAUUUUAACUAUUAUUUUAAAUAGAAGUUGUUGGAUUUUAACAGUAACGUUUUCCUAAUGUUGAUAAGAUAAAUUUUCAAACCCUUUAAUUUUUUCUCUUUAAUGUUACUCUGUUAUAGUCUUUCUUUUCAACAUUUAAUUAAAGGGUUGUUGUUUUUUUUUUUUUUUUUUUUUUUUUUUAAAAUUGUUUUUUUUUAUGUAGACCUUUUUCCUUUUAAAUUUUGCUUUUUUUUUUUUUUUUGGAGUAUUUUUUUUUUUUUUUAUUUAAUUUUUUUUCAUCAUGCGAGGUUUUAUAUGACAUCAUGCGAGGACUUAAAUGACAUCAUGCGAGGUUUUAAAUGACAUCAUGCGAGGUUUUUAUUGACAUGAUGCGAGGUUUAAAUGACGUCAUUGAUCCUUUUAAAUUGAGCUAUUUGUAUUCAUUUUGGAGUAUUUUUAUUUAUUUUUAUUAACAUUUUGUUAGUCAAUAAGGUUAAGGAGUUAGCUGGUAAUUAACAAAGAUAGAUCUUCCAUUAUUAAAUUAUGAUAGUUUUAACAGCAGUAAUUGAAUUUUUUUCAAAGUAGUGAAUGGUUACCUAUAGUAACAUUUAUAUUAACAAACAUUCUACUCCAAAGCUGUCAUAUUUCAUUGUAACAGUCAAAUGGUGCAAAAGUUAAUUGUGAAAAUUUAGUUUAAACAAAAAAAAAAAAUUUUUUUUGGCAGCGGGGAACUAAACGGAAGAGUGCAGAAAGUGGAUCUCCUAAAGCAAAGAAAAUAAAAUCACCCAGUGUGCCAAAGGGUCCCAAGACACCUUUAGCAAAAAAGUCUCCAGCUGCAUCAAAGAGAGCACCAAAGGCAAAACUAAUUUCAUCAACAAAUCAAGUGAAGGUGAAAUCUCCAAGAGCAAAAAAAGCAUCAAAGGUCAUCGCUAAAACUAAGAGAAUCUCCAGUACACCACCUUCAAAUAAAUCAUCAAAGAAGACACAAGACAAAUCUUUGCCAGCGGGCCACAGCCCAGCAAAGCAGAAAAACUUUCCUAUGCCACCUCCCACAAAAUCAUUAAAGGGUAAGUAAACCUUAAAAAUGUUGCUAUACACACCCAAAAGCAAUGAAUCACUCUAUGAAAACUUUGUACAAUACAUUUGUACCUAAGUAGAAAAGGGGGUGUUGCGAGUCUACACCUGGUGUCAAUAUGUAUGACCCCCAUAUAUAAAUUGGGGGGGGGGGGUUAAUUUUUUUUUUUUUAAAUUUAUUUUUGGGGUGGGGACAGAGAGAGAUGUUGGUGACUAGUGGUUAGGAAAAUACAGAUAAAGAGGCUGAUUGGGGUAUUCAUUUAUAUAUACUAUAUGUUAUUCUGAUUUUAAAGGUACCUUUUACUGAUUAUUUAGUUGUUUAGGUUUUAUAGCUUAUCAUUUUCCCUUCUCAUAGCAAAUACAGAUGCUGCAGAUUCAAAUAGUAAAGGAAAAGUCACAAGACGUAGGCGACCCAAUGUGAGUCUAGCUACUACCGCAGUGCAGACGAGCCCUGGUUUGAAACGUAGUCAGCGAUAAGUAGACAGACCAGCAUUAAACCAAGGAGAGGAGAAAGAUAGAAAUCCGUGACACCAUUUUAAGAAUGUUGAUUAGCUGUGUCAUAGACUUCAACAUAAAAGUUAAAAUCUUACAUUUAUAAUGAAAUUAAGGCCAUGGAAAAAUAUUGUCAUACAUUAGUGGUGUUAUUGAUAUAGAUUUGAUCAUUUAUUUUCCUCUCUUAUCACAGGUUAUCAAUGUGCUUAGCUCUAAUGAAGUAAAAGUUAUGAUUGAAAAAAUGCAUUAGGGUAAAAGCUUUUGCUUUUUAUUUUGGUUCACAAACUUUAGAAAAAGCCUAUGUCCGAGGAUCUUUUAAUGAUUUUUGUGUGUAAAUUUUGUUUUUAGUUGCAAUAAGCUAUUAAAGGUAAUUAGAGCAAAGGUUAUACAUUUAAAUUGCAAUAUUAAAAUUGAAUCACAUGACUGAAAUUGUUACUUAGAUAGGUGCUAAUAGUGUAAGUGUAAUCAUCAUUGUGUAUAUUUUCAUAACAGUUGCUUAUAUUAUAAACAUGGUCUGGUGGAUCAUUUGUAUUAGAGCUUUCAUCUAUGUUUGGGUACAAGUGUUUGAAUUGGAAGAGUUGUAUUUCUUUGUAUAAAAUUGCCCCCCUUUGACAUUUCAUAUUUUGAAUAAACAUAAAAAAACGUAAA